UCUCCCCCUUCUUGCUCCGACGAGAAAUGAGACUGUAGCGCAGAUUCCUGGGAAAAUCAGAUCGAGGAGAGAAAAUAAUCUUCCUGUUCGCAAUUCUGGGAGAUGGCGCCGGCUGGUCCUCGAUCUGGUGAUGCAAUCUUCUCCAGCAUCGAGCGCGUUAACUCGGAGUUAUUCACACUGACUUAUGGUGCAAUUGUGCGUCAAUUGCUUACGGACCUGGAGGAAGUCGAAGAAGUCAACAAACAGCUUGAUCAAAUGGGAUACAAUAUUGGGAUCCGACUGAUCGAUGAGUUUCUAGCAAAAUCGGGUGUAUCCAGAUGUGUUGACUUCAAGGAGACAGCUGAAGUAAUCGCAAAGGUGGGAUUCAAAAUGUUCUUGGGGGUGACUGCGUCAGUGACGAACUGGGAUGCAGAUGGAACUUGUUGCAGUAUAAUAUUGGAGGACAAUCCUGUCGUGGACUUUGUGGAGCUGCCUGAUACAUGUCAAGGUCUUUACUACUGCAACAUCUUAAGUGGAGUCGUUAGAGGAGCACUCGAGAUGGUCUCAAUGAAGACAGAAGUAACAUGGAUCCGUGAUGUUCUACGAGGGGAUGAUGCUUAUGAGUUACAAGUGAAACUCCUGAAGCAAGUGGCCGAGGAGUAUCCGUACAAGGAUGACGAGUAAAGUCACUUCUCGUCAAUCUCCUCUCUCUCCCCCCCUCCACAAUACAAACUUAUCAUGUCUGCUUUUGUAGGGUUUAUGUAUGUUUAGCUUCUUAGGUAUAACAACUUCCUGAAAUGCCUAAAUCAUUUGACUAUAGCUCUAAGCAUUGUCUGGUUUGUUUCAAUUCUCCUCUCGUUUUUCCAGUUUCUUGGAAACACAAUGAUACGGUUUUCUUUAUCAUUAUUCUCUUUCCCAUUCA